AUGUUAUUUGGGUUUAUUCUUAUAAUUGCUGGGGCUUGCUUUCUUACCUUUUAUAAUACCUCCAAACCCUAUCCCUGUUAUUCCAUUUGUCUUAACUCUUGCAAGACCUGCACACAUUCUUAUUGUUACGAUUUUUGUUCCGGUUAUAGUAAUAAUAAUUAUGAUAUCGCAUUGGCGCCAGGUCUCGCUCUCACGUUCUUUGGCUCUGUUUUAGUUCUUUUCACUUGUCCAAUAACAACUCGAAGAUUAGUUGUUGAUACUGACAGACUAGAGCAAGAUUCUGAACAAGGUUCCGAACAAGCUUCCGAACAAGAUCAAGUUAUUAGCAGUUUAAGACUUCAAGCUCAAAUUCGAGAACUUACUGAACGAUUAAAUCGAAUUGAGAAUGGACAACAUAGAGAAACAAGUGCUCACGAAAUAAUUUAUCUUGGUAGAAGAUGA